GCCUCCCGGGGUCACGUGACUCGCCUGGUCGGGUCUGGGGCUCGGCGGAGGCCAAGGGCCAAGAGCGAUGGGGGUGGCGAAGCGCGUUCUCCCGCGGCUGGUGGCCUCGUUGCGCCCGCUCAGCUCAGCAACAGCCAGUGCACUUCCCAAGCAUGUGAAAAUAGUGGAGGUCGGCCCAAGGGACGGCUUGCAGAAUGAAAAGAACAUCGUGCCAACCCAAGUGAAAAUUGACUUGAUAAACAUGCUGUCAGAAACAGGCCUUUCAGUGAUAGAAGCUACCAGUUUUGUGUCUCCUAAAUGGGUUCCCCAGAUGGCUGAUCAUGCCGAAGUCAUGCAAGGCAUCCGGAAGGCCCCUGGCAUCAGCUACCCUGUUCUGACCCCCAACCUCAAAGGCUUCCAAGCAGCGGUGGCCGCCGGAGCCAAGGAGGUGUCCAUCUUUGGGGCUGCUUCAGAGCAGUUCACCAAGAAAAACAUCAACUGCUCCAUAGAGGAGAGUCUGGAGAGAUUUAGUGAUGUCCUGGGUGCAGCGAAAGAAGCCAGCAUCCCAGUCCGAGGGUAUGUCUCCUGUGUCCUUGGCUGUCCUUAUGAAGGGAAGAUCUCGCCUGCUAAAGUAGCAGAGGUAUCAAAGAAGAUGUAUGCAAUGGGAUGCUAUGAGAUUUCUCUGGGUGACACCAUUGGAGUGGGGACUCCUGGCCACAUGAAAGAGAUGCUCUCUGCCGUCAUGAGAGAGGUGCCCGUCGGGGCACUUGCUGUUCAUUGCCAUGAUACUUACGGACAGGCUUUGGCAAACACUCUGGUUGCCCUUCAGAUGGGCGUGAGCGUGGUCGAUUCCUCGGUGGCUGGGCUCGGAGGCUGCCCUUAUGCGCAAGGAGCAGCUGGGAAUGUGGCAACGGAAGAUAUGGUGUAUAUGCUGGAUGGCCUCGGUAUCCACACAGGCGUGGAACUAUCGAAACUCCUUGAAGCAGGCACAUUCAUCUGCCGGGUGCUGAACAGGAGGACGUGCUCAAAAGUGGCCCAAGCCUCCUGCAAGUUGUGAAGUGCAUCAGUGCCUCCACGGGACUCGUGGGAACAAAAGCUGCAUUGGCAAGCUGGAAUCUGCCAUGUUUCUGUUCCCUGUGGUUUAUUUAAAUAUCCCCUGCAGUAGCAUCAGGACUAGGUGACCAGAUGUUGGGACAAGCACACUUCAUUUUGAAGAGACAUUAAAGGAACCAGAGGUGUUGCAUUGGCAUCCAGUGGAUAUCUUAAGCAUCUCUGAAGAUAGAGUUUUUCUGCUGAUUUCAACUUGCCUUUCAGAAGCCCAUUUAUUGCUGGGAAAACAUCCUGGACUCUGCAGUUACUUGGGGGGGUCUCUCUCCCUCUCUGUCCACCCUCCCCUCCCCUCCCAGUCCCCAGCAUCUCACAAAUGACUGUAGAUGAGAGCCAGUGUGGUGUUAUGGCUAGGAGUGCAGGACUGGGACUCGGGCAAUCUGGGUUCCAGUCCCCGCUCAGCCGUGGCACCAACUGGGUGACUUUGGGCCAGUCACAGACUCUCAGCCCAACCUACCUCACAGGGUUGUUGUGGGGAUUAGAUGGAAAACAGGAAGAGGAGAAUGAAGUAAGUUGCUUUGCGAAAAAGGUGGGAUGUAAAUCAAAUAAAUAGAGAAUAGAUUUGGCAACAAGGAUACUGUUUUCUCUCUACACAUAAACCUAUCCAGAAGUCACUCAAGAAAGCAGUUAUUUUCCUUUUCCAUGGUUCCUUACUGGCAAAAUGAACCAAUUUAAACACACUGCUAUCUAGUUCUUAAGAAAACAUCCUCCAAGGGUAUGAUCUCCUGUAUGUCUAGAUAGAAAAAGUCCUACAAUUCACAGCAUUUCCCCAACCAGCCGGGGCAAAUCUAAGAAAAAUCUGCUCUCUCCCAGCCCUGCCACCAGCCACCUAUAUGCUGGGUUUGAUUGUGGGAUUCCUUGUUUAGCGCACAGAGAAAUCAGGGAAACCAUUUUGGUGUAGUGGUUGAAUAUGAGCUGGAAUAUCCAGUUCUCACUUUACCAUGGAACUCCUCCGUCACCAGCUCCCAGCAUAACCUCUCAGGUGGUUGUGAGAAUAAAAUGGGGAGGAGGAAUGUCAUGUAUGCUGCCUUGUGAUCCUUGGAGGAAAAGCGGGAUACAGCUGUGAACCGUAAACAGCAAGCUGGGCUGGGUGAAGGAGUGCUUGCCUUAUUUACUCAGCAGGGAUGCCUGGGGCCAGGACCCCCUGCUAGAGUUUGGAGGGUGACCACCAAUGCUAAGAAAACCCCUGGGCCUCCUGCCUUCCUGAAGGUGUGGCGGCUUGUAGAUCAUUUUCUAUAAUGAUCCCAGUGUUGACACUGGGUCACAGUGGAACAGCAGCACAUGGUGCCGGGGCCCACACAGCCUCCCCACUCCCAGCAGAUGCAGCCCAGCUGGCUGUCUUCCCAGGGCCAACCAAAUUAGCUAGCUGUCACAGCACUGAUACAAAUUUCUGACUUCCUUGUACUUGUAAACUUGCCGAGGUCUCACCUGGAAAAGUACCCCUCAGAUUGUACAGAAAUUCAAAAUUUUUGUGUGCACGGAUGUAGCACUAGCGUAACAGAAAUUGUGCAGGGGAAACAGUAUUCUUAGUUGCACGUGAUGCUCUGCUAGCGUGAGACACUGGCCUUGCACCGAGACGGCCAUUGCUGGCACCCAAAUUUCUGUUUAGCCGCCCACCGUGAAAAAAAGUGUGUGGCCGAUUUUCUCUGACUAACACUACGCAGAGGGUGGGGUUGAUGGAUGGAUGGGGACAGGCCAAAAUGUUUGCUCUGAAAGGUAUAAAACAUCUGAAUUGUAAAUGGCUGGAGCGGGUCCCUUAUGAAGGAGGGGUGGGCUGCCCUGUAUUGUUGGGUCCACACUUCAAUAAAGAGCUUUGGUUUUUGAAAA